AUGACCGAUACUCAAGAAAGAGUCGAGAUAAACCAGAUUCCUACAGGUCAGAGAUUUGGAUUCUUAAGGAGAUUAGUGAACAAAUGUAUUGCAAGUGAAUGGUCUUUUUACAAAACCAUCGCAGCAGUGGUUGUUGUAGGAGCGGCUCUGUACCACUAUCACGCUAUCAAUUCCCUUGAAGCCUGCCUUGAAACAACUGUGGAAAAAAUGCUCGAUAAAAGGGAACAAGGCUCCAAAGCUUUCAUCAACGAGGCUAUCAAAGAGUCCGAGACUAAUGUGCUUGAAAGACUGCUAGGAGAAACAACUAUGGAAAAAAUGCUAGAUAAAAGGGAACAAGACUCCAAAGCUUUCAUCAACGAGGCUAUCAAAGAGUCCGAGACUAAUAUGCUUAAAAGACUGUUAGAAAAAACUAUGGAAAAGCUGCUUGAUAAUAGGGAGCAAGGCUCCAAAGCUUUCAUCAAGGAGGCUAUCAAAGAGUUCGAGACUUCUACGUUAAAAAGACUGUUAGACGUCAAAUCCCUAGAAACAACUAUGGAAAAAAUGCUUGAUAAAAGGGAACAAGGCUCCAGAGCUUUCAUCGACGAGGCUAGAAAAACCCUUCAAGGAAACGUCUAUUUUAACAUGGCUAGAGAGUUCGAUGAACUGAGGACACUGUUAGCAAUGCAAGAAGUUGUUCAUGGCCUUGAUGAACCUCGUGACGAACACAAAAUUUCAGAGACUCGAUGA